UUUGAAGUGGUGCAAAAAAUGGGGCAUUUUGCAAAAAUUACAUUCUUUAUUCUCCUCGUCAUUUCUCUUGCUACAGUGAAUGGACAAAAUUCACAAAACAACCCUUGCCCCCCGGAUGCGGAGGUGACAUCGUAUCCUCUAAAGAAUGCAGGGACACAGAUAUGUUCGAAUCUGAAGAACCAAACUGAUUGCCAGCUAGGCUGCCAAGCAGAUAACCAACUACAAAAUACAUACGUUUCAGGAUGGUGUAUGAAGACCGGUGACAAUCCAGGACAAUGUUUGUGUCAAAAGAACUUAAAUUGCACCGGACUGGCGGCGACGUCCCACGCGCCACCAGUCGUCGAUUUUACAGCACCAACUCACGCAACACUGAUAGUAAUGGUUCUCGUGUCAUUCCUACGCGUGUUUUAUUAAUUCAUUCGUAACAAAAGCUGGCUAUUAUAAGGCACAAAAUAUAUGGUUAUCACAUAAGUUGUGUACGUGAGAUGGCGAGUGUUUAAUUAAUUACAUGCAAGUUUUUUGUUUCCCUUCCUCUGUUUCCAGUCUUCCUUCCGAUGGGAUGAAGUAGUGAUCAUGAACUAACAAGGGAUUUCGAUCCCUUAGCUUGGC